CGGUGGGGUAAGGCUAACGGUCGCUGGAAUCCAUGAGCUCUAUCCACACAGCGAAGCAUUUCUUCUUCAACUACUAAUUCUUCUUGCAUUGCUGAGAGGAAGAAGAUUUCAUGUAGGAGAAGAAGAAAAGCUUGGCUUUGGGAGAACAAGAGGAGGAGAGGAUUCAAGUUCUUGAGGGUAGCUGGUCUCCAUUCUUGUCUUAUAUGUGCCUCUGGUUAUUUUGCAGCAGCGAUCAAAUGGAUGAUCUCAUCGAAGAAAUUGGUGACUCCCCUCCAGGAGAAAAUGCCAAUAUAUCCAGAGAGUGCAGUGGAAAGCCCCCUCGAAUAGGAGGAUUUUUUUCAGGCCGUGAUAAAGAUACAACCAGCUUGUUAUCUGUCUCUGUUUCUGCUCAAGAUUUGAGGUCACUAGACAUGGAGAAGGAUACCCUAGAAGCGACAGAGGUAUCAUCUCCUAGAGGAGUCCUCGAAGAUGGCUUGAGGUGUUCGGAUUCGGAGACAAGUUCUUCGAAGGCCAGCACAUCCUGCUCUGAAACACAAUUGCUCUCGAACAGCCCUUCCCUAUGGAAGGGAUUCUUUCGUUUCUGGAAGCAGAAAUCAAUGAGGAGAUUAUCCAGUUUUCCUCCGCUCGGAGUCCCAAAGCUAUCAAGGAGGAAGAGCAAUAGGGAGACUCAUGGCCCCAGAUCAGACAACACCACUGAUUAUGACAAUUGCUGCUUCAAACCUUCUUGGAAGAACUUCACACUCUCAGAGCUCCAGAAAGCCACCAAUAACUUCAGGCCAGAGAACAUUAUAGGGAAAGGCGGUUAUGCUGAGGUUUACAAAGGAAGCCUAGAAGAUGGACAGCUUGUAGCAAUUAAAAAACUUACCCAAGGAACAGCAGAUGAAAGAACAAAAAAUUUCUUAUCUGAAUUGGGAAUCAUAGUCCAUCUAAAUCAUCCAAACACUGCCAAAUUGAUUGGCGUUGGGACUGAAGGAGGCAUGUAUCUUGUUUUACAGCUGUCCUCUCAUGGGAGCUUGGAAACUCUUCUUCAUGGUUCAAAGGAUAAACUAAACUGGGAUGUGAGAUACAAGAUUGCCACAGGGACAGCAACAGGUCUUGAGUAUCUUCAUGAGAGGUGUCAGAAGCGCAUCAUUCACCGAGACAUCAAGGCUGCUAAUGUGUUGCUUACUGAUGACUUCGAACCACAGAUAUGUGACUUUGGCCUUGCUAUGUGGCUGCCUGACAAGUUGACUCACCAUACAUUAUCAAAUUUCGAAGGCACAUUUGGCUAUCUCGCCCCUGAGUACUGCACUCAUGGGAUAGUUGAUGAGAAAACUGAUGUAUAUGCUUUCGGGGUUCUAUUGCUAGAGCUUAUUACCGGACGCAGAGCAAUAAAUGCAUCACAACAAAGUUUAGUAAUGUGGGCAAAGCCAUUACUUGAAAAGAAUGAAAUCAAGGAGCUUGUUGAUCCUUUCCUAAAUGAUGCUUACGACCUGAAGCAAGUGAGAUGUGUAGCACAAACAGCUUAUAUGUGCAUUCAGCAUUCAUCGGUUUUGCGACCUCAGAUGAGUCAGGUAUUAAAGCUACUAGAAGGUGAACAAAUGCGGUCUGAGUCCAUGAAAGGGAUUCACAAGCCACUUAUCCGGAGGACAUAUUCAGAGGAACUCUUUGAUGCAGAAGAGUACAAUGCGACAAGAUAUCUGAACGCUCUUACUCAACAUAAGAAGCUUGCUCUGGAUUUAUAAACCAUUAGAGAUCCAUCUGUUGGUGGCUCUAUGGAAUGUCAGUAUCAUGGAAACUCAGAUUCUGUAGUGUUUCAAAUGUGUGACUUGGAUUACACACCAACUCAAUAGCAUUUGUAAGUAGAAAGUCAUGUUGAAUGCACCAAAUGUCAGUCCUAAAGGGAAAAAAAAAGAGUGACAUGGUUAGCAUCACGUGAGAUACCUUUCUGUCAAGGUAUCCUUGUUUCUAUAUCAUAAAUCUUAAUAUUUAGCAUAUGCAAUGCACAUGAGAAAAGUUAAGAUGGCUA